GCCGGGUCAUUAACAAGGAAGCGACCACCACCUCUACUUCUUUUGUCUCCCCCAGUUUACCAUCUCCAAUUCUCCACCACCACUAACAAUAGUACAAUACCAUUACCAUUAUUUUAACAUCAUACCCUCUUUCUCUCUCUUCCCCAUCUCUCUCUUUCUUCCUUUUUUGUGAUCUCUACUUCAACACAUUCACACUUUUUUGGAGUCUUCUUUCUUUAUUUCUAUUAAAUACUACUUCCUACAUAAAGGAAUCUCAUUUUUCUUUUUCUUCCUCUAUUUUAUAUAAUAAUUUUAAUUAUAUUCAACUAUACUCCAUAUUUUUAUCAUUCAUCUACCUUUUUAUUCUUUAGUAUAAAUCAAUCAAUUCCUGAAUCUCCCGUUGUUUUCUAUAAUCUUCAUUCUAAUUAUUGGAUACCCAUCUCAAAUUUUUCUUCAUUGUUAAUCUCAAUUUCGGCCAUGGGUGAUGCUAAUGUUGUUGAAGCCAAAGAUGGAACCAUCUCUGUGGCCUCUGCAUUUGCUGGUCAUCAAGAAGCUGUACAAGACCGAGACCACAAAUUCUUGACAAAAGCAGUCGAAGAAGCUUAUAAGGGGGUUGACAGUGGAGAUGGCGGUCCAUUUGGCGCUGUUGUUGUUUGUAAUGAUGAAGUAGUCGUCAGCUGCCACAACAUGGUGUUGAAGCAUACCGACCCUACCGCCCACGCAGAGGUUACUGCCAUAAGAGAGGCAUGUAAAAAGCUUGAUCGAAUCGAGCUAGCAGAUUGCGAAAUAUAUGCAUCCUGUGAACCUUGCCCGAUGUGCUUUGGUGCUAUACAUCUCUCAAGAAUCAAGAGACUAGUGUACGGAGCUAAAGCUGAAGCCGCCAUAGCAAUCGGUUUCGAUGAUUUCAUUGCUGAUGCAUUGAGGGGAACCGGAGUUUACCAAAAGGCUAACCUCGAAAUCAAACAAGCCGACGGAAAUCAAGCUGCCAUUGCUGAGCAAGUAUUUGAGAAGACUAAGGCCAAGUUUUCCAUGUACUGAUAAUUCAUGUUUCUUGUCCUUGAGAAUCUUUAAUUUGCAAGUGUUAAUAGCUUCAUGGCUCACAAUUACUAAUAAUAGAAGUACAUUCUAUGUUUUAUAAUGUUUCUCUUUUUUCGUGUUC